UCAUCAGCAUCGUUCGUUUGCCCAUUAGCUUCCUCCAAACGUCAAAAAGCAAAUUACACAAAAGCAGCAAUGGCUGCUCACACCAUCCUCUCCUUCUCAUCGACUUCUCGCCUCCUCAUUUCUCCUUCAUCCAAUCCAACUUCCCCACUCCUCUCUUCUUCUUCUUCUUCCUCCACUCUCCGUUCCUCUUUCCGCGGAGUCUCUCUCAACCUCCACCGUCCCCAAUCCGUUGUUUCCUUAUCCGCCAGAGCUCCGUCGAAGAAAGCGUUGACGGUUGUUUCCGCCGCGAAGAAAGCUGUUGCGGUGCUCAAAGGAACCUCCGAUGUCGAAGGAGUUGUUACUUUGACACAAGACGAAGACACAGGUCCUACAACUGUGAAUGUUCGUAUCACCGGGCUAGCUCCAGGGCCUCAUGGAUUUCACCUCCAUGAGUUUGGUGAUACAACAAAUGGUUGCAUCUCAACAGGACCACAUUUCAACCCUAACAACAUGACACACGGAGCUCCUGAAGACGAGAUCCGUCAUGCGGGUGACCUGGGAAACAUAAUUGCCAACGCUGAUGGCGUGGCAGAAACAACAAUUGUGGACAAUCAGAUUCCUCUGACUGGUCCUAACUCUGUUGUUGGAAGAGCCUUUGUGGUUCACGAGCUUAAGGAUGACCUCGGAAAGGGUGGGCAUGAGCUUAGUCUGACCACAGGAAACGCAGGCGGGAGAUUGGCUUGCGGUGUGGUUGGUUUGACGCCGCUCUAAGUCUGGGCUAAGUAAGUACUCUUCUGUCUACUGUGUUAGCCUUGUCUGUUGAAAUCAGAUGUUGAAUAAUGUUUUGGCUGAAUAAACUUUUGAUGUUUUAUGUUCAUAAAAUCAUACUCUCUUGUUGGAUUUGUAAAACUGUUGUGUUGUUACUUCUUGAAUCAUCAUUUGACCGCUUUAGAAUAUUGUUUUGGUAAUAUUCUAAAGUCGUUGUUAUCAAGUUCAAAAUUUCGAAA